UAUUAUGUAACAUUGUAGUUAGUUUUAAUUUUUGAAAAUAAAUUUGAGCUUAUUUAUGUUUAUUAAAUUACAAUGAUAUAGUUUCAAGUGCCUUCGUAACAUAGAAUGGUUACAAUAAUUAUGAUUAGGCUUAUACUUAAAUUUUUGUCCUUUUGUUAGACUAUUAGUAUAUGCAGUUCUUGUGCAAAUUGUUAAUUUUAUUGAAAUAUAUAAUAAAUAAUUUUUAUAAAAUUUUAUUGAAAAAGUAAAAAAUCAAUUUAUGUUUACUAGUAACAAUUUAUUUGUAUGUUUAUUCACAAAUUAUGUUAUACUUCUUUCAAAAUAUGGACUUCUGUAAAAUGGAUAGUAUGGAAUUAGAGCUUGAAAAUAUGCUUAAUGAUUCUCCAUUAAAGUAUUCCAGUGAACUUGCCUACCAAGAUAAAAUGAUUUUGCGUAUAAAAAAACAAGAACAAGAUAUUGAUAUUGACAGUAAAAACUCUACUUUAGACCAUGAGGAAAUUGUAUCUUAUACUUGUGAAAUUAUUCAAAAAGUUGAAGAUUCCAAAUCAGAUUUUGCUGAUUUAUGUGAUGAACCAAUAGAGUCAGUUCGGCAAGAUGAAAAUUUUAUUUAUCCUGCAGUAACAAAUUCUGAAGAUGAAGAUAAUACAGAUAUUACAUGGAUUCCACCAUCUUUAGGAUCUAGUGAAAGAGUACCUCGUAAACAUAUACGUUGUCUUUAUCCUAAAGUUCCAGAAAAGAGAAAACGAAAAAACUGUAAAGUUCCCAAACAAAAAAAAGAAAAUCUAUCAAAAUCCAAACCAAUUUUAAAUGCUAGAAAUACUUCAAUACAUAACAAUCAAAUGGAUUCUAUUGUUACUGUAACUAAUGAACUGCCAUUAUCUAAAAAACAAUGUGAUUCACAUAUGACUAAAGUUUGCAAACCUAGAAAAGGUAUGGCUACUCCUAAACAAAGAUUAGGUCGUAUUAUAAAAAUUCAUAAAAUGAUGAAGUGAUUAUCUAAUAUUAUUUAUAAUGUAUCCAUUGUAUAUCUUUACUAUGCAUUCAUUAAUAUUCCUUUUUAUAAUACAUGUACAAAUGAAAUGCAUUGAAUUAGCAAAUUAUAUUAAAAUAUAUAUUUAUAUAAAAUAAUACACAUAAAGUAAGAUUUAAUUUUUACUUUCUAUUUGUUUAGACUGAAAACUAUGAUUAUAACCACAGUGUUAUUAUUAUUAUUUUUUACUUUUUGUACUUACAUUUAUCUAUUCAUGUAAUUAUAAUUUGAUUAUAAAAUUUUUUUAUAAAUUAUUUAAACAUUUGAAUUAUUCAUUCUGAGUAAAAUAUUAUUGAUUUUAAAUCUUUUAUAUUAUA